UAAGCACUAUAUAUAACAUUCCCAGUACAAUUUUACGGAAACCUCCGGCCCCGAACACAACCCGACCCACACGUCACCCAAAUCGACGCCCCUAAUCAAAUUCCAAAAUUAGGGUUCCGAAUUCGAAUCUGCUACCUCCGCCCAGCCCCAAUUUCUCCAAGAAUCACAUGCCAUGCCAAGGCCAUUCACAUUCUAGGGUUCCGCCGCGACCGUCCGAUGCCACCGAUUCAAAAAUUCUCCCUCCGCGGCGCGCAAUUGGGUAAACCCUCCUCCUCCGCCAUGGCGAGCGCGAAGCCCAAGCCCGACGACGAGUCGUGCUCGCGCUCGAUCAGCGAGACCGUCAACGGCUCCCACCGCUUCACCAUAAAGGGCUAUUCUUUGGCCAAAGGCAUGGGCGCCGGUAAAUACAUACUCAGCGACACCUUCACCGUCGGCGGUUACGAUUGGGCCAUUUACUUUUACCCCGACGGGAAAAACCCCGAGGAUAGCUCCGUCUACGUCUCCGUUUUCAUUGCGCUGGUGAGUGAGGGCACCGAUGUGAGGGCUUUGUUCGAGCUCACCUUGGUGGACCAGAGCAACAGUGGCAAGGACAAGGUGCAUAGCCACUUUGAUCGUGCCCUAGAGAGCGGGCCCUACACGUUGAAGUACAGAGGCAGCAUGUGGGGUUACAAGCGAUUUUUCAGAAGAGCAGCCCUUGAAACUUCCGAGUUUCUAAAGGAUGAUUCCCUUGUGUUGAACUGCACUGUUGGAGUUGUCAGAACUCGUCUCGAGUGUCCAAAACAAUUUGCAAUUACUGUACCACCAUCAGACAUGGGUGAAGGUCUUAAGGCUUUUCUAGAUUCUGGAGCUGGUUGCGACGUAGUUUUUCAGGUUGGUGAUGAGCAAUUUAAAGCUCACAAGUUGAUACUUGCUGCUCGUUCUCCUGUAUUCAAAGCACAGUUUUUUGGACACCUUGGUGAUUCGAGUGUAGAUAAAGUAGUCGUGAAGGAUGUUGAGCCCUUUAUCUUCAAGGCAAUGCUUCUGUUUAUUUACGCGGACAAGCUUCCUGAUAUACGUGAAGUUACAGGUUCAUCAUCUUUGUGCACAUUCACUAUCAUGGUGCAGCAUCUGUUGGCUGCUGCAGACCUGUAUAACCUAGAGCGACUGAAGUUGCUGUGUGAAUCAAAGUUGUGUGAAGAAAUCACUACUGAAACAGUGGCAACCACACUGGCCCUUGCUGAGCAGCAUCACUGUCCACAGCUGAAGGCUGUGUGUCUAAAAUUUGCAGCAAAGUCGACAAACUUGGGAGCUGUAAUGCAGUCAGAUGGAUACAAGCAUCUAGAAGAGAGCUGCCCCUCAGUGUUACAGGAGCUACUGAAGACAUUUGCAUCAGUUGAUGCAAAUGAAAAUUCAAGUUCAAGUAAGAAGAGGAGUGGCAGCAGCAUAUAUGGGCUAGACUUGCCAGCAGAUGGCAGUGGGGCUGUAGCAGAAUCAGCAAAUCCCAAUGGCAGGCGGUUGAGGCCGCGGCGAUAUUAAUGUACUGAGUUACCUCUAAGUACCACAGACCUGAAAGGCUGAAAGAAGUGGUCUUACGAACAGAACUGUAGUUAUGGAUGGUGGGCGAAUUGUAGUCACAUCUCAUCCUCCAAUCUGUGUUAGUGUCACUCCCUGUAUAAAAUUUCAAUGGUAAUCUUGGGGGGUGAAGUAUUUUGCCUGUGUUCAGGUUUGCUAGGGUACUGUUUGUUGUAAUCAGAAAUUUGUAUGGUUGUGUUCUGUAACUGUAUCUAGGAUUUGUAGAUCGAGUCUUAGUUUCAAUGGAAUGAUAUUAUUACAGAAAAGGCUAAAUAUCUAAACAAAUAUUUCAUCUGCAAA